CAGAAGGAGCUGCUGGAGUUCCGUGCUGUGUGCGCGCGAGCGAAGUUACCGUUACCAUUUUACUAUGUGUGCGUGUCUUAUGUUACAGCAAUGCUACACACCAGUGGCCAGAGAGAGGGGAGAAGGGAGGAAAAGCCUGUUUACACAGACUGCAAACCGCCUGGGGAAUAAUGCAGGAAAGGAAGUGAGCCGGCUCGCUGUCUGACUGCUCCAACUUCCUGCUCGCUCUCUCUCUCUUUCGCGCGCGCACACACACACACACCAACCAAGGGAAAAAAGAGAGAAAGAAACCAGGGGGGAGAAAAACCAGGAUCUCGUUACAAGAGCAACAGAGCGCUUUAGAGGACUGUCAGGAUGGAAAACCGGGGGAUUUUACGCAGUCCUCUUUGAACCUGCACGGAGAGGUUGGAAAAGCCCACCAGACUCUGGGCAUGGAGAGUGCAAUCACAUUGUGGCAGUUCCUGCUGCAGUUGCUUCUCGAUCAGAAACAUGAGCACCUGAUUUGCUGGACGUCCAACGAUGGUGAAUUCAAGUUACUUAAGGCAGAAGAAGUGGCUAAGCUCUGGGGACUACGAAAAAACAAGACUAACAUGAAUUAUGACAAGCUGAGCAGAGCACUGAGAUACUACUAUGACAAGAACAUCAUCAAGAAGGUUAUUGGCCAGAAGUUUGUAUACAAGUUUGUAUCAUUCCCUGAGAUUUUGAAGAUGGAUUCUCAUGCUGUAGAAAUCAGCAGAGAGAGCCUUUUGCUGCAGGACAGCGACUGCAAGAUACCUCUGGAAAGUAGAGAAAACCACAAGCAUAGCUUGUCAGCCCUGAAAAGCACGAGCCGCAAUGAAUAUAUCCAUUCAGGCCUGUACUCCUCUUUCACCAUCAACUCCCUGCAAAACCAGGCAGAUUCUCUCAAGCCAAUCAAAACAGAAAAACUGGAGGACAAACUGGAAGGGCCCACACCUCUGGAAGAAGUCCGAACUGUUAUAAGAUUUGUGACAAACAAAACAGACAAGCAAGUGAUGAGGCCUAUAGUGUCAUUGCCAUCAACAUCUGAAGCAGCCACUGCUUCUGCUUUUCUAGCAUCUUCAGUUUCUGCAAAAAUAUCAUCUUUAAUGUUGCCCAAUGUAGCCAGCAUUUCCUCAGCUUCAUCCUCUUCCUCCCGAUCACCAUCUCUGUCACCUCACUCCCCUCUUCCCUUGGAACCCAGAAGCCUCUUUCUGGAGUCCAGUUACCAGGACUCUGACUCUCUUGAGCCACUAAACCUCUCUUCAGGAUCCAAGGCAAAAUCUCCUUCUCUUCCCCCAAAGGCUAAGAAACCCAAAGGUUUGGAGAUCUCAGCACCUCCGAUGGUUCUUUCAAGCACUGACCUUGGCUCCAUUGCCCUUAAUAGCCCUGCACUUCCUUCAGGAUCUUUGACUCCAGCUUUCUUUACUGCCCAGACCCCAAAUGGAUUGCUGCUGACUCCAAGUCCACUGCUAUCCAGCAUUCACUUCUGGAGCAGCCUCAGUCCUGUCGCUCCUUUGAGUCCUGCCAGGCUGCAAGGACCAAAUACUUUAUUUCAGUUUCCAACUCUGCUGAAUGGUCACAUCCCAGUUCCAAUUCCCAGCUUGGAUGGGGCUUCUUCGCCAGUGCUUCUUUCUCCAAAUGCUCAUAAAUCCUGAUGUCUCAGCAAUCUAAGGACUCACUAACAAACUGGAUUUAACACCACCAUUCUGAUGGAUUUCAAUUUUUUCUGGUUACAGAGGACAUAAUGAAAACCCUUUUACUUUGGUUUGCACUUUUCAUUACAUGGAUCUACUAUAUUGUGCAUAUUUAGCAUUUUUAAACAGUGUUUUUUCUAUAAGAAUCUGUUGUGCAUUAAAUUGAGUUAUAAUUUUUAUAUCCUAGCUCUAAGUGUUGAACACUGUUAAUGAAGUACUUUCUUAAUAGAGCAAAAACAGUUAUCUAAAGGAUGUGAACCUUUUUAAUCUUGUAUUUCUGCAUAUUAUGCGUUGUGCUUUUGUAACUAUAACCGGCUGUGCCUUCUUUUGCAUAAUGUUAUAUAAAUGAUUUUUUAUAUUUUCCAGUAUUAAGAGAAAGGUUGAAAAAGGAACCAAGUAUUGGACAGCCCCCCUCACCUGCUAGUAUUUCAUUAUUUUCCCUUCAGUUAUCCCCCUGUAUGGUGCAGUGUAUUCAUGUAACUUUGAAUUAAGCGCUUUCUAACUGUAUAAAGAAGCAUAAGGAGAGCCUUAAAUAUUUACAGUCUUUAAAAUGAGAUGAUGUAACCUUGCUCAGUACCACUCUUAUAUUAAUCAUAUUGUCAUAAAAGUUGUUUAACUUUAAUUUCCCCGAAUAUGUCUUGCACUUUACAGAUUCCCCCCUCCCCCCCAUGAUUUUGUAGUCAGGGAUGAACAGCUAGUGGCUCUAGUUUUGUUUAGCCAAAGCUGUUUUUUUUAAAAACUUAGACAGUAUUAAGAAAAUGUUUUUCCUCUGUGCUUGCAAGACACAAGGAUCAUAGCCAUGAUGUGAACAUGUCAGUAACCAGAAAGCAGAGACUGCUCAACCUAGACUGUUUUCAGAAAUAAUUCUUCCCUGUAAAAAUUGAACAUUGUAAUUUAGCAAUACCAGGAUUUGGGGGCACCCAGUGGUGGGAUUCAGCAGGUUUGCACCUGCUGAAGCGGUUGUUAAAAUGGUGCUUGUAAACAACCAGUUGUUAAAUGAUUUGAAACCCACCACUGGAACUGGCUGUUAAAUUAUUUCAAUCCCACCACUGGUUAGAACACUGAAGGCAGUGGGAAAGAGCUUGUGACACAAUUAAUGGGUGGCAUGAAGGAAAUUGAGCAGUGGUUCAGCAUGUGUGCCAAACAACAGCUCACUGGAUGCUAUAUGCAGAGCUCCUUUGUUGCACCCCCAAAAGCAGUGAUGUAACAGUUUGAAAGGCAGGGUCCUGCAGAGGGGAUCCCUUCUUUGGAGCAGCAAAAUUAGAGGGAUCUUCCUUGUCCACAAACCCUGUAAGGACCCUACUCACAAAGCAUCUUUUAGGACUUGUCAUUGUGGAGGUAUUAUUUUCAUCAAUGGCAAUUAUACCCUGUGUGCCUUGACCCGCAAACCACUGAUACUGCAUUCUGAAACUUCUAAGGAAGCCUUCAUCCUUUUAUCUUCUGCAAAAACAAAACAGCCUUCUAGGCAACAUAUGCAGUAUGUCUGACCAAGUACAAUCCCUAUGCCAUCCCAUGACAAUGUCUGUUCACUUUAAUGUGGAAGAUAUAAUACGUACACAGCUAGGCUAACUACAGACAAUACACAGUUUAAAUUAAGUAUCUUAACUCUUGCCUAUUUGUCAUAUUUCCAAAGUUCAUUUGAGAAACCUUGUAGGACUGCAGUUAAAUAUUGUAAUCUCUACUCCUUUUGUGUCUGUUCGAGUUAUCUAGCCUUUGAAUUCUCAGGAUUGUGAAACUGAAUCCUGUUUUUAGAAAAAAUAUGAAAGAUCUGAUAAAAGCUAUCUUCCUUAAUUGUUCUGAAGUGAAAUUCCAAAUUUAAUUUCCAAUAGUAUGCUUUCCCAUCAGCUGGGCAUUGCAAGUGACCAAAUCAUUCUAAUCCUGGAAGGCAAAACAAGCAUCCAGCCAGAGGCGUGGUAGAGGAAAAUGGUGCCCAGGGCAAAUGGCGCACACUUACUUGACCUGGUGGCGGUCCCGGUUAGCCUGGUGGGGUUCCCGGAUGCGGCCUUUGCUGGGCCUGGCAGGGCAGUGCAGGGCUGAGAGGCACCCUGCAGCAGCCUCACUAGGCUACUCCAGGCCCAGGGGGAAAAGGGUGAUUUUCUGCCCCCUAUGUGACUGAAUGGGGGGCCCAUUCAGCAUUUGUCCCCACUCAGUACUGUGGUAGCUACGCCACUGCAUCCAGUUAGUAUAUGCUUGAAUUCUGGACGAUGGAGGAGCAUGCUAAAAGAACUAGCAUAUCCUGAAGCAUUGAUGAUUAAGGACCAAAUGUAAUUUCUGUGCUAUUCUAUAAAACAAGACUGACUUAAAAUGAGUAAAGCCACUGAAACUACAGCUAGGAAAUGUGUGAGAGGGACACGAUGGUCAAUUUCUUGUCCAAGUGCGUUUUUAGCAAAUUGAGGACAUGCUGGGCAACAGAAUUGUUUCCAUCUGUUAAAAUAAAGAAAAUAAAUCCAGAAUAUAUCCAUUAUUGUGCGGCAAUGGAAAUUUUUAUACUAGACAAUUCGAAAAUACAAUAAUGGCCAAUCUGAGCUAACUCACACAAAUUGAAUACCAAGGACAGUAUGUUAACAUUGGGAAACUACAAUAUUAAACUUUCUUUUGUACAAAAAUAUAAAUUCUGUAGGAAGAUUUUGGAGAGGCAUAUGUUACACAUGCUAUUAUGUUGACAGUGAACUUCCCCUUUGCGUAUUUUAAUCAAUGUAAAAUAUAUUAAUACAUUAUUAAUACAUUCAUUAUAGUAAUAGUUCCAUUAAUGUAACUGUGAACUUAAAUUCCUUCCAAUUUCUACUGAACAAGAUGAAUUAAAUCUUCUGGGCUGUGUUUCAUAUUUCCAUUCUCAAGGGUCACUUAAUUUUUUCACAAAAUUUGCACUGAAGUAAAGGCAACAACAGCAGCCCUGAGGCUAGCUUGCAGAAACAUCUCUGGGAUUCCUUUCUCCCUUUGAAAACAGCAGAAAUGAGUCUAACACACUUAUCAUUUCAUGAUAUCAUGAGUACAGUUCAAAGUUUUUCAGGACUAAAGAAUGAAUGUUAUGAAAUAAGGAACAUACUUAAAAGUGAUCUUACCUCUGAUAGCUUUUCCUCAAACACCAGAAGACACGCUAGUCCUACUGUCCUUAACGAAUGUCUGGUAUCAUCUCUAGUGCCCCAAAAUACCACACCUAAUCCAUACUCUGUAGAUUACCCUCAACAGCUUAUGCAACUGAAUGCUCCCCUACUGAAUUGUAUGCAUUUAAAAAAAUAAAUUCAAAAAUCCACAUAAUACUUUUUAUUUUUGUCAUUGGGUUGGCUCUGAUAAAAAAAAUAUGACAUGGAUUGUGUUCUGGAUUUUCCUUUGAAGCAGAAUGACUGUCAACCGAUUUCAAUAAAUCAAGCUACCCAAGCAAUGGAACGACUGCCCAAACUCACAUUAUAUGACAGAAUUUUUUUAAUCGACUGUUAGCAACAGUUUUUUACCAGCAUAGUACCUGGUAUGAUGGACUGAGUAAAGGUAUCAACCCAAAAUGUGUAUUUGCCUACCUAUAAAUGUCCUCCAAAACUGAGAAGUGUGUUAGUUUUCUUACUUCAUUAUUUGCAUUUGUAAACAUUGGAAUAUCCAAGUUAUUUACUUAACCUACCUCACAGGGGUGUUGUGAGGAUCAGUGAUAUUUGUACAAUGCUUUAGAAAAAAAUUAAAAUAUUACCUAAG